AUGUCAUCAAAUCGUAACCAGGGAAUACGAUUGCCCCCUAUAUCAUUCUUAUCCAACCAAUAUCUGCAGAAUCUUCAACAACAUCAGCAACAACAACUGCCAUUGCAAUUACUGACAUCACCACAAAUAUCAACGACAAAACUUACUCCUGCUUCAAACAUAGGUAUACAAAUGUAUUUGAAUAAUCCAAGUUCUCAAUCACCAAACACUGCAUCGUUAUCACCUCCACAAUCUAACGAGGAUAAUGUAAAUAAAAAUCUGGAAACAUUGGCAUCACCUCCUCAAAUUCUUUCAUCAGUGAGUCAAAAUCGUCCACCACCAUCACAACAACAAUCCCCGGUCUAUUCACAGUUUACAUUACCACAUAUAAAUCAACCACAACAACAACAACAACAUUCACCACCACAGCAGCAACAACAAGCACAGUCCCCACCACAACAACAAUCAGCACCAACACCAACUGCAUCAACAUAUCCACAUUCUAUAAUACAACAACAAAGUUAUUCGCCACCUCAGUCAAGUGUGGAAAAUCAUCUAGAUCAAGAAUCUAUAGAGUCGAAACGUACCCAAAAAUCAGAACAACAACAGAAAGUGCAACAACCACAACAAGCAGCAGAACAAGAACCACCGGUUCAAGAACAACAGAAACAGGGCCAACAACAAGCACCUCAUUUUCAUCACCACCAUCAUAGUCCACACCACCACCACCAUCAUCAUCAUCACCAUCACCAUCAUCGCCUUGACAACUCUAGUGAAUCUACACCAGUUGCAAAUACCACUAAUGGGUCAACAAAGCGGAAAAAUGAUGAAACAGAACCAUUGAAACCUCAUCGGCAAUUAUUUAAAAAACGACCAAUUCCUAAACUUAACUUGGAACCAAUAAAUCAAAUCAUUAAAGAACUUUUCCCUCAAAGACAUUUUUUGGGUACAUUAAUUUAUAAUCCAACAACAACAUGGGAAACAUUACAAACUGCCGAAUUAUAUGGAUUAAAACCUGAAUUACAAAAUCGAUUCAAUGAAAUUAAACAAGAAUUUAUAGUCCGGAAAAAAUAUCAGCCAUUUGGAGGAAUUCGAUACAUACCUACAUUACCACCAUUACCAUCAGAAUAUAUUAAUAAUAUAAUUGAAAUUAAAAUCCCCUUUAGACAUAUUAUUUUGUUUAAACAAGAUAUAGCUAAUGAAUUAAUUACUCGAGAACUUUGGGGAGGUGCUAGUGGGAUAUAUACUGAUGAUUCGGAUAUCUUACAAGUAUUAAUGCAUUUAGGAUUAUUUAACAAUACCAUUGAUUUAUCAAUUUGGAAUAAGAAAUGGACCACAAAAGAUUUAAUCAAACCAUUACAAUCACAAUUAGACAACAACGAUGAUGGAACUAAUUUAGGAAUUGAUAAAGAUGUUUAUGGAGAUUUAUCAGUAGAAAUACUUUUAUUACCUAAUUUACCUAAAUAUUAUGGAUUUUAUCAAAAUGGUAUAAAUUCACGAUCUUGGUUGACUAGUUAUCAUUCAGGAUUAAGUUUUGCUGUAUAUAAUGUUAAAUGGGAGACUAGAAAAACAUGA